AUGACGUACAAAAGUGGCAAUCAGCGGUUGUCAGAAGAUUUGAUAAUUGAUGUUCUCACAAGGUUGCCUGUGAAAUCACUUGUGCGGUUUAGGUGUGUAUGCAAAAAUUGGUACUCUCUCACCAUAAACUCUAGUUUCAUUACCAAACACCUCCACCAUAGUAGAAACAGUGCUCAUCUCCUUGUUUAUCAUUUCAAUGAUAGUGCUGAAAAAUAUGUUUUAACCCUAUUCCUGGAUGAAACGCUUGCUAGCUUCUCACAUCUACAUUACGAUCUUGAUGGUCUUCCGUGCUUUAGUGAACCAAGUAUUUUGGGUACCUUUAAUGGCAUACUUGGUCUUUGGAAUCAUGACCGCAUAACUCUUUGGAACCCGGCUACAAGAGUAUUCAGGUCCCUCCUUAUGCCCAAUCCUAACCUCCCAUCCUACUUUAAUGUUUAUCAUAGUUAUUUUGGAUUUGGGCUGGACCUUGAAACCAACGAUUACAAAGUGGUCUCGAUUAGAAAAUAUUGGAAUGAUAAAAAUGAUGAUCCAUAUGAUCCUAACGUUGUUUCAGUGUAUAAUCUAUGUACAAAUUCUUGGAGACUCUUUCAAGAUUCAUCUCCAUCUAGAUUCGUACAUGAUUCUAUUUUAUCCAACACAUACAUGAAUGGACUUUAUUAUUGGUUGACUCUAGAUGAGAGUGAUCAAUUUUAUGCAGUCGUCUCAUUUGACAUGGGAAACGAGGUUUUCCGAUAUAUAUCCGGGCCUCCAAAUCUAUCCCGUAUGGAAUAUGGGAUCCGUGUCAUGUACUUUGAUUCGAUUGCUUUGAUCUAUUUUGAAACACAUAAGGUUGAGAAACAUUUUGAUAGUUGGGUGAUGGAGGAAGAGGGAUGUUGGACUAAACAACUAUCUAUUGGGCCUCUUCUAGAUGUUGAGGCGUCAUUUGGAAUCUGGAAAAAUGGUGAGCUUUUUUUAAGAAUUAGCACUGAAGAGUUGGUUUUGUACGACCCAAAUACCCGAGAAAUUAAGAAUCUCCAAUAUCGUUGCAACAGUUCCCUUCAGGCUUUUAUGUACAUGGAGAGCCUAGUUUCAGUCAGAGGAGAAAACAAACUGUUGGCACCAAAACUUGGCAGCCAUCUCAGCGAUGACGUGGACCAAUGA